AUGAAUAAAGUUUGUUCAAUUAUGGAUACACCAAGAGCACUCCUGUAUUUGACAAUCCCACUGAACGACAAAAACAAUUGUGUGACACGUGCCUCAACUCAACAACAGCUUUUCAAGCAGCAACAAAAAGCAACAAUAGGAAACAAGUGCAUCACUGCAGAACAGUGCGCACCGGAUGCAAAUGGUUUCCUAUGCUUGUUAAUGGACCUGGGGUCCGGGACAUUGAAGAUCCAGUCAUCGAGCCACCCCAUCAACGACGGCCAGCCACACUACUUCGCCCUCAACAUUCACGGCAACAGGGGAUUUGUGCAAGUGGACCACUACCACCGACCUUUCGCCCUAGCAGGCCCCAUAAGGGAGACCCUAGAUUUGGUGGGGGGACUCUGUUGGGGAGAAUUAAGGACUAGCAAACAACCUCCACCACAUUUGAGUUCUGAAAAGUCUUUCAGAGGAUCAAUUUCGAACUUGAUCUUGAACUUUCAACCGGUCGUCAUCACCGCCCACAUUCUCACCAGCCAAGAUACCUUCGGUGUCUUUCUGUUAAACGAAAAAUCUGAAGAUGAGGCGGCAUCAGGAUGCCAGAAGAACAAUCCAUGUUUGAACGGAGGUCGUUGCAUCAAUGGUCAUCAUGAUGAUGAUGAUGAUAGUGAUGACAAAGAUGACGAUGAUGAUGAUGAUGAUGAUGACCGUGCAACUUUCAACGCUCGUAAUGCAGAUGAUGAUAGUGAUGGUGGUGGCGAGUCCAAUGGAAUUUAUGUCAGAUGUGAUUGUUCGUACACAGAGUUCACGGGCAAACAUUGUGAAAGAGAGGUUUUCUUAGGAACGCAAAAAGACAAACAGCAGACAUUAUUGGCCUGCUCUGAUGAAAGCUCGUAA